AUGGUAGGUUUUCUUUCUUUCUUUCUUUCUUUCUUUCUUUCUUUCUUUCUUUCUUUCUUUCUUUCACAGAGACCUUUAUGCAACAAAUUUCAACACAAUCCAUGAACGAGCUAUUAAAAAUCCUCAACUGUACAAUCUCAUCUGUUGUCAAGUGCUUCUUUGACCUCUGUGCUUCAAUAAGAAAGGGGAAAUACUGUUUGUUGAGGAUUUAUUUAAUGUUUUAUCUUAUAAUUUUUCCCAAGUAAACCUUUAUUUAAACAGGAGAAACUCAAUGAGAAUAAAAUCUUUUCCAAGGCUGUCUUAGCCAAAAUAGGCAGUAGCACAGCUGACAAAGGUCCCAGUAAAAUUAAAGACAGCCAUUCAAACAAAUGUAUUAGGCUACAUAAAGGGGUUAUGUUACAAGACAAGCACAGCAUAUUACGGCAUAUUUAUUCAAUUAAAGCAAGUAAGGAACUAUUUUAGAUGCAUCAAGCAGAACAUCUACAGCCAGAUGUGUCUGUCUUCAUGUCAUUUAAAAGCAUCUAAAAGUAUCCAGUGAGAUCAGAUCAUUUAGCUUCAGCUCUCUCACUAAUUCAAUUCAAGUACUGAGCUCAGAAAUUCACGAAGUCUGACAGCAAUUUAUUCAAACAUUCAAACAUGCUAAACAAAAUUAAGAAAUUAAUGAAAUAAGAUGCUAUUACCACCUAUACACUUAUAAAAUGUGAAACUAAGAGUGUUCUGCAUUUUUAGAUCCAUUUCCUUUUUACCGUUUGCAUAUUUCAGUCUGUUCUGAGCAGAAAGGACCUGCAGGAGACAGACUGGGGGAGAUAAACAGUAUUUACACAAACACAGACUGUCACACCAUCUCUGCCAGGAGCUGGGCGGCUAACAUCCAACAAUUUGGUCUGUCUCAAGCAGAGGAGCUGAAAGCUGCAGUAGAUGCUGCCAUUUUUCUGCUUGUUUCAGAGCAUAUUCAGAUGAUAUGAUAAAAAGAGCUUAUACUUUCAUCAUUAAUACAUAAGAUUAUACCAUCUAGGUCCCAGAUCUUAUAGAAAUAUUCAGUGAUUCAUCAGCGGCUGAGGGUGAUGGCUGGGAGGAUAUUCAUCGGUUGUCUCCUGUUUUUACUAAUUCAAAAAUGCCAUCAGCACACAUGUACAAGAUGGAAAUAUAUUACAGUUUCAGCUCUCAGUCUCUUGUGGUGUCAUGUUUUGAAACACCACAUUGAAACUAAAUUAUUUAAAUGAAUUUAGUAUGAAGGUUAGUAUUCACAGAUAACUUACCUGAGUGUGAGUGACAGAAUCUGUUUUUAAAGGUGAGAACUCCCCAAAAUAUCCCUAAUUUCAUUGUCUCAUCUGAUUCAUAAAUUGUUUCUGUUGCAUUAAAGCAGAUGAUUCUCACUUUGUCAUAUACGACACAUACAACUUUAUUUAUUUUUCCAAUCAAAUCAUUCUCAUAUUUUAAAGAAACAUACAUAAAUUUGAGUCUGACAUGUCUUUCUUUAUUUUAUAAAGAAAUAUAAUAAAUGGUGUAAAAGCUGAAACUCCUGAGGGACCCAGGAGAGUUCAAGCUGCAAAUUCUGUGAAGACAGGAAAGACUGAGGCUACUUGGUAUUUCAUUUAUUUUUAUUUUUUUUCAAACAUGUGCGUCACAACAAAGUAAAAUAAAAAAUAAAAAAUAAAAAACACAGAGAAUACACAAAACAACAAUAACAGUAAUCAAAGCAAAAAAUAAAAAUAUAAAUAAUAAUAAUAAUGAAAAAAAUUAUAUAUAUAUAUAUAUAUAUAUAUAUAUAUAUAUAUAUAUAUAUAUAUAUAUAUAAUUUUUUUUUUUUUUUUUUUAAUUAUUAUUUUUUUUUUUUAUAUGGAAAGCAGCCUAUUUUCAUUCUGUUUUCUUAGUGGGGCAACCUUCUGGAGGAAAAUAGAGGUCUUUUCAAAUAAACUAGUGCUAUUUGCAAUUAAGUUAAGUAAAGUACUUUAAUUUUAGUAGUUCUUUCGAAUAAAAAAACUCUUUGAUAGGAUAUUUAAUACUCUUUAUUUUGCCUUGGUCAUUGAGUUUCAGCAGUCUUGUGACCGGCCUUUGGUUAUGACAUGCAAAAACACUUUUAUCCUGCAGAGGUCGCUAGCGCACUUAAACAUAUCUCCUCAAUCGGAAACCUGUAAAAGAAGAAUAAAGCUCCCGCUCUCCAGUGACUGCUGGGAAAUGUAGUUAUUUCUUGUUAGCUUUAGCCUUAACUCCUGCUGCAGAGCGGCGUUUGUUCCUACAGUUCCCAACAUGUCCCUGAACUUGUGAUAGCAGCAAAGAGUUGCCAAAUGACAGGUGAAUGUAUCACUUACCUAACGCUUUGUAAUUUUUAUUUAGAGUAGCAAAAGGACUUCGUUUCAGGAAGUAAGUAUUUUUGAAAUGUUAAGCCUGUGAAACUGGUUAGUUACAGUGAAGUGGGUUGACUUAGCAGCCCAGACGGAGGUUAAACUUUAGCUUGUAGCGAGCCGGUACAGAAAGGGUCCGUUAGCACCAAGUUGUGUGUUGCUAACGUGCCGAGGAUCAGAAAUGACCAUAUUGAACGAAUUGGGCAACCUACUAUUUAAUCAGCGUAUCCGGAUUAUCGGAUGUGCAAAUAGAGCUUAUCUGAAGGUGUUUGGGGCUUUAAUAUCAGCCUGAAUGAGCGGAUAAAGGUUAUUGCAGCAUAGAGAAGUUUUGACGCAGUCAGUGUUGAGUUUGGCCCCCUGAGUGAGGAGAGUCUCUGCAGGAGUCACGAUGACUUAUGUGACAGCCUUUAUUUGCUACAAUGCAGCUCUACUUCACUGAAAUAUAAUCUCUAUACUGUCUUUGUACAGCGGUCACUUCUGUCUUACCUCAGCAACACGUACUGCUACUGCACCUCUUCACCAUCAUCAUCAUCACUGGAUUUAGCUGCAAACUUGUACAUGUCAGAGCAGGUUAGUGCUGUUUAUAUUCUCCUGUGAAAGUCCUGGGGCUAUUUUGAUCAUUUGUAACUCUUGAUUGAUACCUUUUGGAGUUUGAAAUGCUGGAUCACAACAAAAUAUCUGCACACGAUCUGGAGACCACUGAUCCGUGUUGUUAUAUAUAUAUUAUAACCUUUUUCUGUCAGCCUGUAAACAAUAAUUACAUAAACUAACAAACAAUAGUUUUACUCAACAUCUUUGUAUCAUUAACUUUGGUCACUUUGUUGUUUGUAGUUUGAUUGUUUUAUGAAAUGUAAGAAAGGGUACAUACUGAUGUUCCCUUUUUUCAGUUUCAUAGUUUACUAUCAGAGGAUGAUCAUGAGUACACAUUUUGAAUAAUUUUUUAAAGGUGGAAAUCAGUGAGCAUUUUAACUCUCAAAGUUACACAAGCUUUACUUUUUAUGCAACCUGUCCGCCUCAAGAGUUAGGAAGCUGUGUAAAAUAUUGUUAAAAAACAACACAUGAGAUGUCUAUGUGCUCAUUUUAAAUUUCAUUCUAGAACAUGGCUCUAAAAAGUUGAGUCAGUUUGAUAUUGGGUUGCAGCACUUUGUCUCUUACAACUCUCAAAAUGAUUGAGGACACAGGAAACCAGUUUCUGGAGUUUUGAAAGUCAAAUGAUGUCAUGUUCUUGUCUGAUGUAGGGUUCAAGCUGCUCAUAGGUUGAAGUUCACAUUUACUGUAUUUUCUGUCACAUGAUAAGCCAAAUUUCUUAAUGGGUGACAAGUUCAGACUGCAAGAAAGCCAGUGGUACUGCACUCUUCCACUACUGGGCCAAACGUAGUGUAACGUGCAUUGUGCAGUUUUGUACAUUUGCGGAUUAAGUGACUUUUAUUUAUUUAAAUAUUUUUUUCAUUUCACUUUUUUUUUUCCAGUGUUGUGUUGUCCCAGUCUCAACUAAACAUUCUGCAGUUAUCAAACAUAAAAUGAUUACAUUUCUCAUCAGGAGACUGUGAUGAUUUUGUUUUAUACGAAAAAGGAUUAGGGCCACAAGAAGAGAAAAAAUAAUUACAGGAGGGAGAUUUUUUUUAAUUUCCAUUUUGGGAUUAAAGUCGAAAUUUAAAAAAAAAAGUCAAAAUUUCCACUUUAUUCAUGUCAACUUUAAUCUCAAAAUUUCAACUUUAAUCUCAAAAUUUUAAUCUCGAAAUGUCAACAUUAUUCAUGACAUUUCGAGAUUAUGUAAUCUCAAAAUUUCGACCUUAAAUUUCAAUUUUGAAAUUUUAAUUUUUAAUCUCAAAAUUUCGACUUUUUUGACAUAGUUUUGAUUUUUUUUUAAAUGAUUUUUUACUUUUAUGUUGAAAUUUCAACUUAAAACUCCUUCCUGUAAUGACUUUUUUCCUCUUCAUGUGGCCCUAAUCCUCUGUAGUUUUACAUCAUCAUUUGAAUGAAUGAAUUUAUUUAUAGAAUAUUUUUCAUUAAAUUAUAGCAAACGACUGUAACUGUGCCCAAUUCAUCUGCCUUCUAUCAUAGACCACCACGCAUGUGGAGUUAACUCAAACAUCUUUAAUAUUUCCUGUGUCCACAGCACCAUCAUGAGGUACCUGUGGCCCAGAGUAUGUGUUUUAGGAUCAGCAGCUUUUGGUUCCCUCCUGUGGUCGCAGAAGAAGACUGAAUCAGACCAGGAUACAUCUAGUAGCUCCUGUGCUGAAACAAAUCCCAGCUCUCCUUACGAGCUAAAAUUAGUCCAAGUCUUGUUCCGUCAUGGUGCACGAACACCGCUAAAGUCUAUACCUGAUGUGAUUGAGGUAAAAAUAUAUUUAUGUUCUCAUUUACUGCUUUAAAAAAAAAGAAGAUGCUUCAGACAUAAUGUGCUUCCGUUACUUUUAAGGCCGAGUGGGUCCCAACACUUCUGGAGCCUCCUGCACACUGCCAUAUUAACUAUGUGGUGACAGAUCUUCAUGGUGGCCCCAAGCCCCCCGCUCCUGUAGAGGACAGCUAUCGAAAGAACACACUAACCGUGAGUAGGUGUGUCUUGUGAUGCUGAGUGUAGUUGUAAAAGAAAAGAGUCAAAGGGAUGAAUUCAAGGCGAGAAACUAGUGUUGUUGUGUUCUGUGGGAGUGACACCAAUUUCUGUAGAAAAACAGUUAAAAAAAAGAAAGAAAUGUAUGUAAGAAAACAGUUUACUACAGGUUCCUUUUGAUAAAAUAGUUACUUCUCUCAAGUUUUCCUUCAGUCAGCCUUUCUCCCUCUAGUGGUCACUUUGAUUCAUUACAAAGUCACACAAACGACACUGACGCAGGUCCUUUCAUUCACCUUUUCUCUAUCGUACAGCUGAGCUGUGUGCAGGGUUUCCCAGUAAGAAACUGUGUCCCAUUUGGCAGCCGUGUAAAUGAAAGUUUCCUGUGCAGUUAGCUCCUUCGCUAAAGAGGUUUACUGCACAGGAUUUAGCUCAGAAAAACCAAAUCCCACAACGUGGACUCUUGCCAUCCUGGAGUUUGGCAAGAGUGUGUCUUUUUGGGCACAUCUGUGAGUUAAACUCGAUCCUGUUUGUCGUACUUGACAGGGUGGCACGUUCCCUGGUCAGCUGACCACAGUGGGCAUGCAGCAGCUGUAUGAGCUGGGCAAGAGGCUGAGGAGGAAAUACAUUGAGGAGACCCAUUUCCUCAGCUCCACCUUUAGCCCAGCAGAGGUCUAGUAAGUGGUGCAUAUCAUGGCUAAAAUACUUCCCUGAACUCUAGGGUUGCAAAACACUGGAUUUAGGAGAGCAGUACAAAGAAUAUCAGGCCUUACUCUUUUCUAGCUGGCUGCCUUCCAUGACCUAUUUUUUCCAUUUUUAGUGUGCGCUCCACUAACAUUGUGAGGACCAUUGAAUCUGCCAAAUGCCUUGUAGCAGGGCUCUUCCAGCAAAAACAGAAAGGUAGGCUUAAAAUCCAUAUGGGUAUGUUAUUUAUUCCAUUCCGGGUCUCAUCUAAUCUGUUUUUCUGCUCUACAUGAAGACCCUGUUCCAAUAUUAACAACAGAGGCAGAAUCUGAGAUCCUGUAUCCUAACUACUAUGGAUGCAAGCUGCUUAAAAUCCUUGGCAGGUAAGUGAGAAAUAUUUUCCUCCAUCAUCCUUUGCAAUUGUUAGCCAGAAGUGGAGAAUUGAUUUGUGUUUUUGUGCAAAAUUUCAAGCCGAGUUCAGCCAACUCUGACAGGUUGUCAUAGCAUGUUUGCGUUCAGUGCUCCUGACGCUGUGUGUGCUCUUUGCAGCCACCGCUGGGCAGAGUCAUCCACUCUGCCAGACAUUGCAGCAGACCUGCAGAGCAUCCAGAGCGCACUGGGCAUCCCUGCUCACCAGCACGUCGACUUCAUCCUCAUUAGGGACGACAUGGUCGCCAGAGAGGUGACAGCUCUGCAUCAUGAUUUACAUGACUUUUCUUAGGUCUCACCACAAACUAUCAUACAACAUACCACUGAAUAUCAACACUAAGCCUGGACUGGGGCGACAGCUAGACAGCCGCUGGUUAUGUGAGAAGAAGCGCUGUAAAACAGAAUCAUCCCAUCAAAUUUCUACAGAUUUACAAACUGAAAUAGAAGAUUGCGACGAGUUUGAAAUGGCUGUGUUUACUCCUUGUAAUAACUGAAGAUAUUCAAAAUGAACUACCAUUUAAUUCAUAAUUACACCGAUGGCAAAUCUAAAGACUCCUAAUUUUGUCUGAUGGGGAUUCAUUACUGGAGAGAGUCUGAAAUAAGUUUCGCCUUGGUGAAUCAGAGGGGUAAUAUUAGACUUCAGAGGGGCAUUUUUUCCUGCAGACAUUCAAACAACUCUUUAAGCAUGUGCCCUGGGGCCACUACAAGAUCUGAAACAAGGCAGCGGGGGCUUUUUUAUUUCAUAAGUUACUUAAUUUUCUUUCCCCCAAGCAGCCAGAAUAGAAGAAGCUAAAAACAGACGCCUUAAUGAACACUGUUGUUGCGUCGGUCACAUCAGCCUGUUCCCAGUUACAUUUGAACUCAGAGAAAUUUAAGCAACACAUUUUGAGUUAGUACAGCUAUAAUCAGCUGUAACAGAAAAUUAAGCUACAGAUCGUUAAUACUAAUGAGGCUCUUUGCUGAAGGGUGCAAACAAUAGAAACGUGGAAAACCAACGUGUUUGAAAAAUAAUCUGUAUCACUGAACAGCAAAAAUAAAUUACGACUACUAACUGUAUCAAAUCUCUGCACAGACACACGGCCUGCCUUGCCCCGCAGUGCUGGACACCUGGAGGAAUAAAGUGGAGAAGAGAGCUGUGGACAUGAUUUGCCAUGUGUAUGAACCCAGCAAGAGGUUAGAUUAAACAGAAUGAAACAGAGAAAGUGCUUUACAAAAGGGUUUCAACUCUUACAAUAGUGCUAACCAGGAGGCAUGGCUUAUCUCUAAAGGUUUGAGUCAACAUUCUAACCAUCAGAUUUGAUGUCUUUUCAGGGAGAACUUGCAGCUGUGUGUAGGCCCCCUCUUGCACAUAUUAUUGUCCAAUAUUGAUGAGAAAGUUCAGGCCACCUCAUCGGAGCCAAACAGGUUCGUCACUUGCAUCUUGCAUUCGCUCAUUUGUUGCACUUAGUUGUACUUGGUCUCAUUUAAAAAUUCUUCUCUCAAACAGAAAGUUGUUUUUGUACUCCGCACAUGACACCACUUUGAUUCCCUGUCUGAUGGCUCUGGGGGUUUUUGACAUGAUGUGGCCACCGUAUGCUGCUGACCUCACCUUUGAGCUGCACCAACACCGGCAAACCAACCAGUCUUAUGUGAAAGUCUCAUAUGUAGGCCAGGUAAGAAUCAAACUGUGACUAUAAACAUAUCAAAAACUUGUGCAUCCUCAUGCUUCCCUCUUCAUUGCUUGUCUCUCUGUAGGAUCUCCUCAUACCUGGCUGCAGUGGAGUCUACUGCCCCCUGGAGGAGUUCAAACAGGCUCUCUCAGGGUACACACUGAGCUCUGAACUCUACAAGUCACUCUGUGACAGCACUGAGGAGUUGAGCAAACCUUAA